ACUCGAGGCCCCCGCCUUCCGGUCCCUCUGUCGCCGCCCGACGCCGUCCGGCUUUUCCUCGUUCGCCUUCGCCCUCCGCCAACCCAGCUUCCCCACAGAGGGCUCCCGGUUCUCCCGUCGUGCCCGGCUCAGGCUGCGGCUGUUCCGUCGGCUGCCGCUCCUCCUCCCAGACGCAGAGCGCCGCCCUGCCCCGCCUCCCGCGCAGGCAGCCGUCCCUACAUCCGGGUACCGACUCCAGCCGCCCAGACGCUGGCACUAUGGUCAUGGCGGAGGGGACUGCAGUGUUGAGGCGGAACAGGCCGGGCACCAAGGCGCAGGAUUUCUAUAAUUGGCCUGAUGAAUCCUUUGAUGAAAUGGACAGUACACUAGCUGUUCAACAGUAUAUUCAACAGAAUAUAAGAGCUGAUUGUUCCAAUAUUGACAAAAUUCUUGAACCACCUGAAGGCCAAGAUGAAGGUGUAUGGAAGUAUGAACAUUUAAGGCAAUUCUGCCUUGAGCUAAAUGGACUUGCUGUCAAACUUCAGAGUGAAUGCCAUCCAGAUACUUGCACUCAAAUGACAGCAACUGAACAAUGGAUUUUUCUUUGUGCAGCUCAUAAAACUCCAAAAGAGUGUCCUGCUAUUGACUACACUAGACACACACUUGAUGGUGCUGCAUGUCUUCUGAAUAGCAAUAAAUAUUUUCCCAGCAGGGUUAGCAUAAAGGAAUCAUCCGUAGCGAAACUAGGAUCAGUAUGCCGUAGGAUUUACAGAAUAUUUUCACAUGCUUAUUUUCAUCAUCGGCAGAUAUUUGAUGAAUAUGAAAAUGAAACAUUUUUGUGUCAUCGGUUUACUAAAUUUGUGAUGAAAUAUAAUUUGAUGUCCAAGGAUAACCUGAUUGUACCAAUUUUAGAAGAGGAAGUACAGAAUUCAGUUUCUGGGGAAAGUGAAGCAUGAAGGGAAUCAUAUGGAAAAAUGUACUGAUCACAUAAUUAACAUUAAUUAUGUACUGUAUAUAUCAUUUUAGACACAUCAAUCAUGUAUCCAUAUUAUAGCUUCUUUGUUUAGUAUAGGUUUUUUUGUAUGCUGGGUUUGCCUUUUAAAAUGGGAAAUACUUUUUAAGUUAUUCAUAAGCUGUAUAUUCACCAGUGUGGCACUCACGGUUUUUAAAUAAGAUUAGUAUUAUCUGUUUAUAAUGCCUGUUAAUAAAAGAAUUUACAGUUUGGUAAAAUUGCUGCUAAACAAUCAUUGGAUCACAAUCCUCAUCAAACAAACCUAUCUGUAAAAAAAAAAAUGAGAGCUUGAGAUUUCACACAAGCCAUUUACUAAAGAGUUAUAAAUGUUUUCCUUUGGUUUUACCCUGAGUUUAGAUAUCCUAAAAAAUUCUAUAGUACAUAGUUUUGUCUUACCUGUUAACUUUCCCCAAAUGAGAUAAAAGUGUUUUAAAAUUCUGUUUAUAGUUUUUGAUAUGCAUAUAUAAUUAUGUGUAUAUCUAAAUACAGAUGCAAAUGAAGCAUUAGUAGGACUUAAUUUUACUGUGCUACAUAAAGUAUAACGUACUUGGAAAGGAUUUACCUUUCUGCAACAAUGGACUGGUACAUACAGGAUUAUGAUAAUGAUAAAGCACGUAAAUGAUGUUCCCACUGGAAACCUGCCCUGUCCAUCCCUUCUCAUUUCCCUUAACCUUAUCCUCAAACUACUUUAGCUGAGAAGCUUUUCACCAGACUGUGAGUUAGUGGUGGCUUAUACCUAUUUAUAUUUGUAUUAAUUGCUUACAGAUUAUACCUCAUAUUAGCAAUUACAUUACACUACAAGAAAAUGUAUUUGCAUAGGCUCUUGCUUAUCUUUGUUUUGCAAAAUUGUUCUACUUAGAAAACAGUCCUUAAAAUAGUUUGACUCUUCCUGUUAGUAAUAUUAAUCUUUCAUUUUACCAGCUGGCAGCAUUAAAUAGAAUUGAAGAAAUACUGUAGUAUUUAUUUUAUACCUCCUCCCCACAAAGUUUAUGUUUGAAUUAUAUGCACGUGUGAGAUUAUUUGCAAUAAUUGAUAGGUUCCAAGGGUGUCGAUGAAUUGUCAUACAUUUUUUAGACUUUGUUAUAAUUCAUUGUGGUAAGAAUGAUUCAAAUGCAGAUUUAACAAUCUUAUAAUCUGUUGAAUGCCAUUUUUGAUAAAGCAUUGGAGGUCUUACUGCCAAACUGAUUGUAAUGAGGCACUAAGGUUGAAAAAAAUUGUACAUGUUAGGAAGAAAGUAUUUAAAUCCAACUUUUGAACGAAUUUAACAAACAUGAGGAACUUCUUUUUCAUUUAAAAGGGUUAUUUUGAAAUGAAGAUGAAAAUGUAUUCAUCUUGUUUUUCAAAUUUAAGGGAAUUAUUUAUACCAUAUUUUGAGACAAGAAUGUACAGCAAAAAUGUGGGGAACAGUAGUGUACUGAGAGUGCGUGUAUAUAUAGUAGUGUAUGCAUUUCUAAGCCUGCCAGUCUUUCUGGCUUUGAACAGUGCCCACCAGCCAUAGUCAUUACUGUUCCCCAACCCACAACUAUCUUUUAAGAAGUCUUAUGUUCACAGUGAAAGGAAUGUUGACUUUGAAAUUAUGGAUUUAUAUUAAUGUCAGUAUAAACCAAUGGGAAUGGUAAUUUUUAAACAAACUUGCUAAAUAUUGAGAGACUAAAACUACUAAGUUAAUAAAUUAUAUAUAGCAGUAUAGCUGUUCUCUCUAGAUGCUGUCUCACAAUGGAUUUCUGUUGCUUAUUUUCUUAGUAAAUAUUUAAACUAAGGUAGUGACUGAGAUUUGGUGAUCUGGCUAAGUAUUUUGAAACACAUUUUGAAUAAUAUGGCUUAGUGUGGAUGGGGAAUUAAAUAUGAUUUUUUUUCUUAUUCAUUUCAUCUUCCCUGUACUGUAUAUUUGGAAUUGAUCAUAAAGUCUCCAAAAGAAAAUAA